GUGUGUACAGGAUCUUCAUCAGAGGAGCAACUAAGCAUAAACCAAGAAGUAAUCACAAGACUGCAUAUGUUGUGGCUAAAGAGGAAAUGUCGAGUGACCAAAAGAAAACUGAUGAACUUCCUGGAACUUCAGUGCACAAGACUGAUGAGCAUCAUCAUCAGAGAAGGCACCCAAGCAUAAACCGAGAAGUAAUCACAGAACAGUCAUUCUACACUCAGAUUGUUCUGACUCUAAUGGAUGCUCAAACAAUUGAUGAGAGUCUGGAGGAUGCUAGCAAAGAUUGGUUCAAUUUGGGAUUGGCUUUUGGACUGGAGCUUUCAGAGUUGAAGAAUAUUGAAGAUGAAUACCGCUAUAACAAACGCCGCCUAACGGAGGUGGUAGUCAAGCGUCUUCAAGUCACUGAUCCAGAACAUCCGAUGACAUGGUCUUACAUAUGUGAAUGUCUGAGGAGUCCCACUGUUGAGCGUAACGAUGUAGCCAAUGAAAUUGAAGAAGUCAUGAUCAGAAGAUCACUUGCUAAUCGACUCACUCUCCAAGAACUAAUAAAGCAUCACAGUCUGACUGACGAGCAACUCAACAGUGAAAUAAAGGACUCUGAUACUCCCUACCUGGCCUCAUGUUUCGAUAAUGUGGAACUUUAUUCGAGUGAAAUGGGGCUAGCUAUUACUGAACAAACUGAUGUGACAGAAUCGUGUCGUAUAUAUGGCAAUCAAAUAGCCAUGAUGAAGUGCUUGAAAAUCUGGAUUCAACACAAUCCUUCACAAGCAACUUACAGAGCUCUACUGGAUAUUGCACUGCGAUUGGGGAAAGGAGAAAUAGCUCUUGAAAUCUGUCAGCAAUUGAUCCAACAAUCAUCAUCAGAGGAGUUUGCAAGAGAAGUAAUCACAAAACAGUCGUCCUCCACUCCGAUUGUUCUGACUCUAAAGGAUGCUCUAACAAUUGUUGAGAGUCUGAGGUAUGCUGACAAAGAUUGGUUCAAUUUGGGAUUGGCUUUUGGACUGGAGCUUGCAGAGUUGAAGAAUAUUGAAGUUAUUUAUGAAGAUGAAAAGAGCUAUAUAUAUGAUUACAAACGCCACCUAAUGGAGGUGGUAGUCAAGCGUCUUCAAGUCACUGAUCCAGAACAUCCGAUGACAUGGCCUUACAUAUGUGAAUGUCUAAGGAGUCCCACUGUUAAAUGUAACGAUGUAGCCGAGGAAAUUGAAGGAGUCGUGAUCAGAAAAGGACGACCUCUUAUUCCACUCCAAAAACUAAUAAAGCGUCACAGUCUGACUGACGAGCAACUCAACAGUGAAAUAAAGGACUCUGAUACUCCCAAACUGGCUUUAUAUUUCGCUAAUGUGGAACUUUAUUCGAGUGCAAUGGGGCUAGCUAUUACUGAACAAACUGAUGUGACAGAAUCGUGUCGUAAAUAUGGCACUCAAAUAGCUAUGAUGAAGUGCUUACAAAUCUGGAAACAACACAAUCCUUCACAAGCAACUUACAGAGCUCUACUGGAUAUCGUACUGGGAUUGUGGCAAGUCGACAUAGCUCAUGAAAUCUGUCAGCAAUUGAUCCAACAAUCAUCAUCAGAGGAGUACGCAAGAGAAGUAAUCACAAAACAGUCGUCCUCCACUCUGAUUGUUCUGACUCUAAAGGAUGCUCUAACAAUUGUUGAGAGUCUGAGGUAUGCUGACAAAGAUUGGUUCAAUUUGGGAUUGGCUUUUGGACUGGAGCUUGCAGAGUUGAAGAAUAUUGAAGAUGAAUACCGGUAUAACGAACGCCGCCUAAAGGAGGUGGUAGUCAAGCGUCUUCAAGUCACUGAUCCAGAACAUCCGAUGACAUGGCCUUACAUAUGGGAAUGUCUGAUGAGUCCCACUGUUAAAUGUAACGAUGUAGCCGAGAAAGUUAAAGAACCAUCCGUUCGCCAAAAACUGAUAAAGCAAUACCAUCUGACUGACGAGCAACUCAACAGUAAAAUAGUGGUCACUGAUCAUGAUAUUCCCGAACUGGCUUUAUGUUUCGAUGAUACGGUAAUCGAACUCUAUUCCACUUCCAUGGGACUACCUCCUGCAGAAGCUGCUGAUGUGAACAGGUUGUACCAUAUCGAAGGAAAUCAAACAGCCAUGAUGAAGUGUUUGCAAUUCUGGAAACAAAAUAAGGGUUUUCAAGCAACUUACGGAGCUCUACUGGAUAUGGCACUGAAAUUGGAAGAAUACAACACGGCUGAUAAAAUCUGUCAGCAAUUGAUCCGAUUGCAAUGGCAGAUUAAACAACAACCCAUAGACGUUCUUACUAAAGUUGGUGAGGAGGUUAAAUUCUUCAUUGUGACGUCUCCUGGGCAGGUCUUCUCGUAUGAUUGGUGCUUUAAUGAUCAGAGUAUAUCAGCUGAAAACGUUGACUACAGUGGAGCAAGAACAAGUGAACUGGUCAUUUUGAAGUCCUUGUCCAAGCACUGUGGAAGCUACAAGUGUAUUGUCACUGAUUCAAAUAUGCACGUGCACAUACCUUCAAUUCCUGCAUCACUUGAAAUUGAUGGAACUCAAAUUGAAAUCGAAGAAUGCAAAAUCCUUGGGAAAAUAUUACCAAAAUUGACAUCCCUGCAAGUUGAUGGACUGGAUUUGGAUAUUGAGAAGCUGAUUGGAGGAACAAGUACUGUGACUUAUGAAGAGCUACAAAUUGUUCUUAGUCGGUCUGCACAAACAUUGUAUUUAUCAACUGAUCUGGAACAAAAGUUGAGAGAAAGGAUACAGGAGGAUAAGAUCUAUGAUGAAGCGAUGAAAAACAGUGACCAAAUUAAACUUUUCUAUCUCAAAAUGCUUGCUCUUGGACCAGGACAAAUAGGAAAGUCAACAUUUAUCCGUAGACUGCUUGGAAUCAUGAAAUGGGAUAUCAAUGACGAUCUUAAAAAUGGACCGCCUGGUAGCACUGACCUUUCUGAAUGUAGAACAGUAUUCUUAGACUACAAUCAAGAAUCCGUAGCUCUGUCAACUGAGCAAUCAGCGAGCGCUCAUUCAAGUGAAGAAAGUUGGCAUCUACUUGAUAAAGCAGACAUAGGGAAAGAAUUGAGAGCACUCGUGUCUCUUAUAAAUGUUCAGACCAAGUCCAGAAAAGUGAGUGCAAUGGCUUCUUCAGAAGAGAUGUCUCCAAAAUAUAUUCAACCAAUUCGUCUUAGUCAACCAUCUGAUGCUGAAGAAUCUGAUCAGCUAAUAACUGUGUCUACAAAUGAAAACAUACAAAAUGAUUUACCAUCUUUCGAGCAGUCCCCCCACACUGGCUUCUCUUCAAAAAUUCAGGGAAUAUCUGUAAGCAGAAGCGAGAUCGAUGAAGCUUAUGAAGAGUUUGAGAACCUACGUUACAAACAUUAUUCAUUAAGUGAUUCCCCUGAUGAUGAUCUAAAGUCACCCCAUGCUAUAAUCAACAUCGCUGAUGUUGGUGGUCAGCCGGCUUUUUUAGAAAUUCUACCAUCCUUGACAAUUGGACCGGCAAUGUAUCUUGUCUUCAUGAAACUUCUAUGGGAAUUGGAUACUCCACAGGAGACAAGAUACAAAGGCAAAAAUAAAACAGAAUCGUCAAUAUGUAAAAACUACACGUAUACACCUGAAGAAGUUAUUUUCACUGCUCUCUCAAGUAUUGCAUGUUUUGGUCACUCUGAUGAGGAGGUAGAGAAGUAUGUAACCGAUAAUAAGAAAAUCAACUCACUUGUAUUGAUUAUGGGCACCUAUGCGGACGACCUCAAAUCUGGUGAUGAACAAUCUAAUACAAAGAAAGUUAAUAAAACUAAUAAACAACUCGAUGCUAAGCUGAGUACUACCCCUUUCUAUAAUGAUGGCCGAAUUGAGUAUUAUACAGCACAAGAGAGUGAUCCAGAAGUUCUGUUUCCAAUUAAUAAUAAAUCUGGGGGCAAACUCGAAGUUGAUGAAUAUAGAAAAGUCAUUACAACCCUUAUUAAAAGCAGAUUCCGAGAGUAUAAAAUCCCAGCACAGUGGUUGAUGUUUAGCAUUUGCUUGAAAAUUCUUGCUCAGAAAAAAAAAAAGAGUGUCAUAGAAUUUAUAGAUUGUGUUAAAGUGGGUGAUCGUUUUGGUAUGAACGAAGCGACAGUGAGAGUUGCUCUUAGGUUCCUACACAAGUACAUUGGAUUAGUGAUGUACUUCCAGAAAGACGAAACACUUAUGAAGGAUAUUGUCAUCUGCAAUCCUCGAGAUGUUUUCACUUCCAUUAGUGAGCUUAUUUUCAACAUCUAUGAUCCACCAGAAAGAAAUGUACAAUCGUCUGUGAUCCUCCGCUUCAAGCAAAAGGGUUUCUUUUCUCCCGAAGAUCACAUCAUUGCUACUAGAAAGAAUAAUUUACCUAUAGAAUACUUAUUGCCUUUGUUGGAGUAUCUAAACAUAGCUGUUCCGAUGGAUGUAGAUUCAAUCAAGGGGUACUUUCUUCCAGCAGUUCUUCAAACAGCCACCAGUGAGCUAUUGAACAAGCCUCUCGAUGGAGCAGAUCCUGAUCGAGAUCCAGAGCCCCUUUGUAUCCAAUUUAAAACUGGCUUUGUGCCAUUGGGAUUUGUUUCUGCCCUAGUUGCUAACUUAUUGAAAUUGAAUGGUGACAAACAUGUGCUUAAAUUAUUUAAGAAAGAGAAAGUGUACAAAAACAAAAUCACAUUUCUAUUUAAAGCACGUUACAUAAUAGUGUUGAUAUCCCGAGCCAAGUACUGUGAGUUCCGAGUAUCACGAGCAGCUACGGAUGGAGAGUUCAGCAGUACCAAAUGUUGUACAUUGAUUAUAGACAUGCUACAGAAAUCAAUCAAGAACGUUAUAGAUAGAAUGAGACAAAGUUCUCUAUUCCAGCUGUCGCAAGGCUAUGAUUUUGCUUUUAAAUGCCCUCGAAGCGACUGCAAGGGUAACGAAUCAUCAUUAGCGGUAAUUAAUCCAGGAGAUCUUAAAAGCUUGAUGUGUGAAAGCUGUGGAAUUGCUGUACAUGCAACCGGUAAAAUGUGUACGUGGUUCACAAAGGACCUAGCCAUUGAUGAUGAUCAAAAGGAUCCAGGGACCACCAUCGUCCAUGAGUUGAUGGUCAAGCAUGGAGUCACUGACGAGCAGUUGGAUCGAGAGAUUGAACAAGACGACCUUGCUCCAGUAGCUAUGCACUUUGAUGAUGUGGAGCUCUACCUCAACCCACUGAAGUUAACUGCCAGUGAACAAGCUGACGUGAGGCAAGAGAAUUAUUUAAGUAGAAGCAAUCAAGGGGCAGUGAUCAACUGUUUGUCAAUCUGGAGGGGUCACGAACCUAGCAAAGCAACCUUUAGAGCACUGAUUAGGAUCUUAUUGGAUCUGAGGAAGGAAAAGAUUGCUACCAAGAUCUGUCAGUACUUGAAAGAAAAGGACUACGAAACAUUCGGAGAGGAGUACCUGGUGCAAGUAUCUCAGACUGCCAGGAAGAGUGACUUAACCACACAGAGAGCUUCUAAAGAAUUCUCUACUGGAGGGAAUAAAGUGUCAACACGCUAUGAUUCUGAAUCCAUUGUGAAGACCUCAUCAUCAGAUGAGGGGUCCUUGUCAUCAGAAAGGCUCCAAUACUCAGCAGAUCCAGUCCAGAGAGUAGGAGCUACAAUAUUAUCAACAACUGAUAGAACCAAAGACCGUACUGAAAAAGUGUCAGGCUGUACUAAAGGGAAUGAACAGGCAAUGAGUACAGAUAGAAAGCGUAAACACACCGAAUCCAUUGUGACGCCAUUAUCAGAUGAUGAGUCAACGAAAAAGCGAAAGUGUACAGCUUCAGCUAGUGAUCGAAUAUUCGAAGUACAUACUACAACUCAAAGAGCUAAUCGAAUCACUCUCCAAGAUCUAAUAGAGCGAUACCGUCUGACUGACAAACAAGUCAACAGUGAAAUCAAGAAAGCUGAUACUCCCGUUGUAGCCCACUGUUUUGAUAAUGUGGAACUUUAUUCGAGUGCAAUGGAACUAACUACUGCUGAAGAAGCUAAUGCGCGUCGUGUAGAUGGCAAUCAAACAGCCAUUAUGAAGUGCUUGCAAAUCUGGAAACAGCGUAAUCCUUCUCAAGCAACUUACAGAGCUAUACUGGAUAUUGCACGGCGAUUGGGGAAUAGAGACACAGCUGAUCAAAUCUGUCAACAAUUUACCCGACUCAAACUCUCCUCCUCUGACAAGCCGUACCACAAUACGCUGUUGGAAGUUACAUAUGAGCAAGGAAAGAACAAGUGGCGUAACAUUGGUGUCAGUCUGAAAUUGUCUAUGUUCGAUUUGGAAUCCAUUCGGCAAAACAAUCCAUCGGACAUCGGAGAUUGUUUCUGUGCAAUGCUGCUGAAGUGGUUCGAAAGCAGUCCUGACUGCUACCUUGACACUUUUCUGAAAGCUCUCAGAUCAAAGCUUGUGGAACUUGAAAACCUCUGUCCAAAAGUCGAGGAAGCCAUCUUCAAUAUUGCGAACUUAGGCACAGCUUCUGAAGUGGGAGGAGUUGGUCUACAAGAGUUGAUGGACCAUGUCGAUACCGUCCAACUUAAUAGAGAGAUCCCUGAUGAUGAACUCCCAGUCAUAGCUGCCUAUUUCAACAAUGUGGAGCUCUACUCUCAAGCAAUGGGUCUGAGUCCGGCUGAACAAGUUGAUGUUAGAACUGCCCUCCAUCAAUACGAUACUCAGACAGCCAUAACCAAGUGCUUGUUGUUUUGGCAGCAACGCGACCCAUACAAGGCAACGUACGGAGCACUGUUGGAGCUGCUACUGAGAUUACAUAGAACACAAGUAGCUACUCAAGUCUGUCAGUACCUGGCUCAGAAUUAACACCCUUAUUGUACAGAAGAUGGAGGGUGUGGUCACUGGCUCGGACUCAUGAACUGAUUAUAUACACAAGCAAGCAAGUAUCCGACUGUACAGGACACACGUUAUGUAUGUAGAUCUAUUUUUAGUAUUGGAUAUUUCCAUGUAGUCUUUGUACAAAAUGCAAUAAUUAUAAUUAUAUAAUAGUGUAAAUAUAUAAUUGUACUAGCUAGUCCACUGCCAUUAAAUUAAUUUUCUACUGUUUGCAUGUCUAUUAAUAUAUAAUUAUGCUUAUACCCAUGCAAACACUGGUUUGUACCAGUCAUGGUUAUUAUAUACUUUUUGUGUCGGCUUCUAUACUUUGUACUCUAGUAUGGUGAUCUGCUUCUUGUA